AUGAAACAUGAAAUUGACUGUUGUUUGAAAGCGUCCAAUCUUGCGCCGAAAUACGUGUACAGCAAGAAGGACUUAUCGUUUAUUGUGGAACAUAUUCAUGCUCACAUUCAUCGAUUACUUGGAUCUACAAUUUACUAUUACAUGGAAUCAUAUGCUGAUAAAUUGGCUGCAAGACUUGAGAACAUCAAAUGCAGUAAUAUAAUUGUACCUAUUGGAACGUCUCUCAUUGAUUUGAAAGCGUUUUUCGAUGGAUCUCCAAAACAGGAAUUUAUGCGGAUUCAUGGGGAUUUGAAUGGGAAAUUGACAAAGAACUCUGCACUAUUUACAACUGAAUAUCUGGAAAUCAAUUGCUCAAAAUCUCAUGGAGAUGAUAUAUUGCUUGGCUUCAAAGGAAUAUCGAUUCGUUUCCAGGACACUAUGUUCCAUGCUUCUACUAUCACUCGGUUUUUGAACGCUUGGAAAUCAGGAAAAGGAUUUCACAAUUUGAAAUUUCUCUCAAUUACUGGUAUACCUGAAAAAUGUCUCGACAAGAAGAAGCUCGCUGAAAAUGUAGAAAUCAAAACGUGGCACCCACCUGAGGAAAUGCUAGAGCUGGAAUGGAAGGAAAGAAAAUAUAAAAGUGCUGAUGGCUCUUGGAUCUGGGAAGACAGAAGUUUCAGCUCAAAUCAAUAUCUGACUAGAACGAGUGACGGAGAAGGAGCUUCCGUCAGAGUUACAAUGUUCUCAUUCGAUUUUGCGGUUUGGAGUGCACUAGAGAAUCUAGAAGUCAUUGAAAAUAUUUGA